AUGUCGGAAUCCUCACUUCCUCCACCCUCCAAAGCGCCAGCAGGAGCUCCCAAAGGACCCAAAAAGCUUCGCUUCUCUACCAUGCCACCGCGCUCGUACCUCCAGCCUACACCAAGUCCCUGGACUAGGAAUCGUGCGCCUUCGCCUGCAAAUCAGCGUCAGAGCAGCAGCCCCCUCGUUCACAGUCCCCUUCAGAAGUCGUUCGAGCCCGACAUGUCGAAAUCCGAGCCCAGCUCACCACAGAGUAUGACGACUCAAGAGACACCCUCACGCCGCUCUCGUCUCGGCGGACACGCCGCUGGUCCACGAGGCGAGUCCCGCUCCUCGUCCGUUCCUAUGGUCAUUCGCACUCCACAAGGUGCUGAAGACGAAAGUGACGGCCCCGGUCAAGACUCCCUGCGCUCGAGAAGCGGACCUGCCUCCCGCGCAACCUCACCAAUGCCAUCGCCAGUGGGAAAUCAAAACGACCAGGAUCGUCGCUCCGUCAAACAUUUGACUUGCUUCUGGUGGUGGGAGAAAGGUGAAUGCAAAUACUCGGAUGACGAAUGCCUCUACGCACAUUAUGACACAGGUCACUACACGGCUGCACCUCGCCAGGUCGUUCCAGGUGAACCGGCAAAGGCAGGCAAGUCGCUUGAACGCGCUCUCACCAAACUUGCUCUCACCAACCGCUCAUCGGCUUCACUGGCUUCACUGGGCACCUUCAAUGGUAACACCACCGAGCGCGACAACCUCAGUGUGGGCAGCGGAGCACUCUCCAGACCAGAGACUCCUUUCUCCUCUCGCAGCCGUCCUGGGACACCAUCGCCUCGUGGCAGUGUCGAUUUUGGCUACGCUGCCCAGCUCCGAAACGACAAUGACUUCCUCCGCGGCCUCGUUCAGCAGACUCAACGUGAAAAACGUGCCUUGAUGGACACGAUCGAAGGACUCCAGAGCGAGAAGUCUCAGUUGACAGCGCAGCUGGGCAACAUGAAAGAGGAGCGCACCACCUUGCUUGAAGAACGCGAAGCGCUCCAAGCGACCAUCAAGACGAUGCAAUUUCCUACCGGUGUCAAUCCUUACACUCAGCAAAGUCUGGCGGUUCCUGCACGAUCUCCAAACACUGGCAUAUUCCCAGCUCAGAACCCAUGGGGUCCAAUUGGCAGCAGUCGAGGCAAUGGUUCCAGCCGUCCAAAUACUCCUGCUGGCACUCCCGCCGCUACUCCGAGCCCGCAACUUCGCAGUUUCACAUACCCGGCUAUUGGUAGCUUCGGUCCCGUCGGCAGCGUUCCCAGCCCCAAUGGGUUGGGCAUAAAUGGCAUGAACGAUUUCCCUCCCUCGACCCUAAAUCCAAGUGCCGCUUCUUACGGAUCUGGUAUACGAAUGCCAGCCCAAGUGAGCGCAGCCACUGCAACUCAGCCUGAGAACGAUUUCGGCGGCAACGGCGCAGACGGAGAAAGACUUCAGAACGUGUUGCGACACUUGGGUCCGAGUUUUUAG